AUGGGGGGAUUGCCCGAAGCCCAGCACCAGGCGGAGACGGGAAGGGGCAGAAAAGCUGGCGCCCGUCGGGGGCGGGGGAAGCCCGUCCCCGCCCCGGGGGUAUUUAAGGCCGCCCCUGUAGGGAGGGCACUCUGGGUACGGUGCGAUGGCGGAGGAGGGGAUGGCGAGUUACCUGUACGCCGCUUACCACCCCUACUCCUACCGCUACCCGCCGCCCAAGGGCAAAGGGGGAGCGGCGGGCGGCUGGCGGCCCCGGGGCAGCGGCUACUUCUCGGGUUACGGGGACGCGGCGGCGGCCGCCGAGUACUUCGACAACUACCAGCGGGCGCAGCUGAAGGCCAUCCUGUCCCAGGUCAACCCCAACCUGACGCCGCGACUCCGCAAGGCCAACACCAAGGAGGUGGGCGUGCAGGUGAACCCCCGGCAGGACGCCUCGGUGCAGUGCUCGCUCGGGCCCCGCACGCUGAUGCGCCGCCGCCCCGGCCCCGCCGCGCCGCGGCCCCGCGAGGCGGAGCAGGAGCUGGGCAGCCCCGCCACCACCAGCACCCGCGCCGUGCGCUUCCCCCGCACCAUCGCCGUCUACUCGCCCAUGGCGUCCCGCAGACUCACCGCCUUCCUGGAGGAGCCGAGCGCGGAGCCGGAGCAGCGGCCGCAGCAGCAGGACAAGGCGGCGGCGGCGGCCGUCGAGGAGGAGCCGGCCGCGCUGAGAGAACAGCGGGAGGCGGAGGCGGCCGCCGUGCGGGCAAGCUGGGAGAAGCCCACCGAGGGUGGUGCCGAGGCGCUGGGGCAGCGCCCGGCCGAGCCCCUGGAGCAGCGCCCGGCCACCACCCCGGAGCCGCCAGCGGCGACGGAGACGGGCCAGGAGGAGGAGGUGGAGGUGGCAGAGGCAGCGCGGGCAGAGCCGGCAGAGCCGCCGGCCGCACCUCAGAAGCGGGAGCCGUCGGCGGGCAAGACCCGCCUGCGCUUCCAGUUUCUGGAGCAGAAGUACGGGUACUACCACUGCAAGGCCUGCAACAUCCGCUGGGAGAGCGCCUACGUCUGGUGCGUCCAGGGCACCAACAAGGUAGGGCUCGGAUCGUCCCCGCGCGGCCCCCUCACCGCCGCCCCCCUGCUGACUCCGGCCUCCCCCCAGGUCUAUUUUCGGCAGUUCUGCCGGACCUGCCAGAAGUCCUACAACCCGUACCGUGUGGAGGAUAUCACCUGCCAGGUAAGGGACGCUCUCCCUGCCGCGGGCCGGGCGGCCCCUGGGUCUGGCCACCCUCCCCGACCGCCGCCUUCUCCCUCAGAGCUGCAAGCAGACGCGGUGCACCUGCCCCGUGAAGAUGCGCCACGUGGAUCCCAAGAGGCCCCACCGCCAGGACCUCUGUGGCAGAUGCAAAGGGAAACGCCUCUCCUGUGAUAGCACAUUCAGUUUCAAAUACAUCAUCUGAGUGGGACAGGGGUUUUUUUUGGUUUUGUUUAGGGCUCUUCUAGAAAACUGCAAGUAGAGCAGACUUUUUUUGUUGUUGGUAUUGUUGAAGACACUUAGUGAGGUGUAGCUAGGAAAGCAUGAAAAUAAAAGUACUGCAAAGCAUACUCAAAUGA